CGUAUAAAAGUGAAUUGUCACAAAAAUUCUGAACAGUCGAAGCGCACGCUCAGCGGCGACAGCAUCGAGAAUCGAAGCAGAUAAAAGCCAAUCCACAGCCCCGGGGGCCAACAAGGUGUUAAGCGAUCACUGAUAACAAACUAGCUAACUAACGAUCGAUCAGAACGGUUUCGACUUUACGCGAGUGCAAUCUUCAAUCUACAAUCUGCAAUCUGCAAUCUACAAUCUUCCAUCCGAAUCGGAACAAGUGACAAAGUGCAGCCUCAAAAACAGGAUACUCCACUCAUUUAGGCUACCGAACGCAACCCGACUACCGCAUACCCAGCAAUGAUGUUUGCGUACACUUGGCAACUCGCUCCACUGGUCCUGGUCGUCCUGGCGACAACGAUGCCGACGAUGGCUGCACCGCAGCAGCAGGAGGUGCCCCACGCCCUGCUGGACAUCGAGACGCCCAAUCAGUUCAACUACAGUCCCUCGCCGCUGGCCCAGCCGGAUAGCCUGCGAUCCAAGCCGUACUUCGACUUCCUGAGCACCCUGUAUGCCCACGAUACGGCCAAGUCGAAUCUGUUCCGGCCGUAUUCGGUGCGCCAGCGCAGGGAUGCGGAUGUCCGGAAGCUGAGUCGUCCUCGCCGGGCCAUCGUCUUUCGGCCGCUGUUCGUGUACAAGCAGCAGGAGAUCCGGAAGCAGGAGAUCCGGGACAGGAACGCCCAGAGGCGCCACGAUCUGAACCGCCUGCAGCGGGUGUAGUACUCGCCGGAACAAUCCAAUCGAAUCCAGUGUCCAUCCAGCCAGCCCGGGUUGGGUUGGCCUUCUACAGGGUCCUCUAGCACUUAGCCACUUAGCCACUUUCGAUGCGUCCUAGCCCUAAGUCAAAUGCACUGCAGCACGAAAAGAGAAGGAGAGAGGAGGAGCACUCAUCAUAUCGAAUAUUAUAUAAUAUAUAUACACAUACGCACCAGCACACCAACCACCCACCCACAUCCUCGUAGUUUAAGGCCAGAUGUUUGUUAUGUCACUUGUUAUCGCGACGUUUGAUUAAAGCCAACAAAACUGAUAUCAAA